AUGGCUGCAGCCGCGGCCGCAGAAGAAUCAGUGGAUGACGUGCACGGCGGGGCAGGCCACGACAGCGCUGGCAGCGGGGGCGCGCCGCUGCAGGCUGAGCUGGAGCAGAAGGUGCUGGCGCUGCUGCAGGAGCGCCGCACGCUGGAGGCCAGCCACGCGCGGGACCUGGCAGCCAGGGAUGCUGAGGUGGCGCGGUUGCAGUUGUGCCUCGACAGCGAGGUGUCGGCGCUGAGGCGGCGCCAGGAGGAGGUGGAGGCGCGCGCCCCUCUGGUUGCCGUCCAGCUGGCGGAGGCGCGCGCCGCGCUGCUGUCAGGCGACCUGGACGUUUCGGACGAGGCCGCGGGCCGGCUGCGCGUGGCGGCGCAGGAGGGGCGGCUCGGGCUGGCUGACGCGGUGCGAUUUGCCCUGCACCAAGGAAUGCAGGACGCGCGGCGCGACAACGAGCGCCUGCGGCUCACGGGUAGCGCGGCGCGCGAGGCGGCGGCGCGCCUGGAGGCAGAGUGCGCGCGGCUCAGGCGCGACAACGCGCGGCUCGCGGCGGCGGAGGCUGAGCGCCAGUCUGACGCGGGGGCGGCCGUGUCGGCGCUUGAGGUCCGCUGCCAGCGGCUGUCUGUUGAGUUGGAUGAAGCCGCGGCCGCCGUGGAGGUGCUGCGGGCCAAGGGGCGCGCGUACGACGAGGUGGAGGCGCGCGCAGAGCGGCUGGAGGCUGAGCUGGAGCGGCUGCGCCCGCUGGAGGCGUCCGCGGCAGCGCUGGCCGCGCGGCUGCGGGAGGCGGAGGCGGCGGCGCGCUCUGCGGCGGCGGCGGGGGUGGCGGCGGUGACCGAGAGGGGUUACUUGUCACGGGAGCUGCAGGCUGCGAAUGACAGGGUGUUGCGGCUUGAGGCUGACCUGGUAGCCAGGGACGAGAAGGUGUGGGGUGGAGGGGCCUGA